AUGUUCGUGUAUUCUAUCUUUCAUGCAGCUGUCCUUUCUGUUUAUAUUUACCGAGCCCACAUCCGUCCACGAUACUUCAGUCCUUUGAGGCAUGUGCCACGAGCCAAAAAUGGAUCCCCUGUUCUCAGCCACGGGCUAGCUCAAUUUACCGAUCCGCGUGGCGAUGCCUACCUGCACAUGUUCCAAUCUGUGCCAAACUCAGGGUUGAUUUAUUUUACAGGGUUCUGGUACAACGACCAUGUUUUGCUCACGAGCGCUGAUGCACUCGCCGAGGUGCUUGUGCGACGGUAUCGGGACUUUGUCAAAGCGCCCGCUGCACGUCAUCUCUUGGGUCAACUCCUUGGAAAAGCUCUUCUCAUUCUGGAGGGUGACGAACAUAAGGCUGUCAGAAGGGACUCGUUGCCUGCUUUUAACCACAGUAGUAUUAAGUCUUUGCAUCCAGUCUUCUGGUCGAAAGCUAUCGAUAUGGCGGAUAUGCUGCAGGAAGGUGAUCUGGUCCCAAGCUCCGACUCUAUCAGUUCAAAGGAGAUCGAUAUAUGGGAGAUUGGAAGCAGGGCGACACUGGAUACUAUUGGUCUUGCGACCGUUGGACAGGAUUUCAACAGUAUGAGAGAGCCGCACGUUCUCACUGAGCUCUACGACAUACUAUUCAACCCUAGCCCGCAAAUGAGCCUGUACUUCGUACUCAACGCUAGCCUUCCUCGCUGGGCAUUGCAGAUCCUGGCGAGGCCUCUGGAAAUUCAGUUCUACGACACACGCGCCAAAUUGAAUUCGCUCUGUAUAGGCUUAGUGAAGGAAAUGAAAGGUCGCGCUAAAGACGGGACUGAGAACAACAUCUUAUCCAGGCUGAUGAGAGGCAAUGCCUUCUCCGAAGAUGAACUUGCCACACACCUCUUGAUGACUAUUGGUGCUGGAUACGAACCUACGGCUGCCGCUUUCUGUUGGGCGAUCUGGUUUCUUGCAGCUCAUCCUGACUGGCAAACCCGCCUACGGAAGGAGAUACAAGACAACAUCUCACAUCGCUUUUUUCAUCACGACGCCGACGGUUUUGUUGCUGGCCAAGUACUAGAGGAGCUCCCAAUACUCAAUGCUGUUUGCAACGAGACGUCACGCUUUAUGCCCACCUCGCCCAUAACUACUCGUGUAGCGGCUGACGAUACCACAAUACUUGGACAUCCUGUUCGUCGUGGAACCCGCGUAUUUGUUGUGCCAGGCGCCAUCAACCGCUCUACCGAGGCUUACGGUCCAAAAGCGAAUGAAUAUGAUCCUAGCCGCUGGAUCAACGACGAUACAGGAAAGGCUAACAAUCAUGGUGGCGCAAGCACGAAUUAUGCGUUUUCCACAUUUCUCCAUGGACCACGUAGGUGUAUCGGUCAAAUGUACGUGACAGCGGCUGUCCGUGCGUUUGUCGCUGCUUUUGUAGGUCGAUACAGAUUUGAAGUUCUUCGAGAACUGACUGCGGAGGGUAUUACGACGGUGCGGCCAAAAGAUGGUAUGCAGUUGAUCCUAUAUCCUGUUGAAAAGUGGUGA